AUGUUUUUAGUUUUCUGUAAACCCUUUUGUAUGAUUUUUUAUUUUUUGCUACUGGCUAACACUUUUAAUACUAUCUAUAAAAAACAAACAGAUGACAUUUUGAGUGUAGAAGUGGCGUUUUAUUCUUUUAAUUACGAAAUUACAAAAUUAUUCUCUGUAAAAAUCGUUAAUGAUUUUCCUGUAAAACAGGAGGAUGUUACAUUGUUUACUGUAAAUUAUUAUAAAUGUGAUUCAUCGAAAAAUAUAUUAGAAGAGUAUAAAUACCCAAAUAAUCAAACUGUAACAGUAUUGCGUUUUAAUUUAAGUACUAAAUCUGAUUUACAUAUUUUAGGAAUUUUAGAUGAUAAUAUUUUAUUUACACUAAAAGACACUGGUUGUAUGUUUAAUGACAGUUUUGUUAAUUUAACAGAAACUAAACAGUGUUUAGUACCUCAAAAUAUCAAUUUAGAUGUAACUACAAUAACUUGUAAUGAAGUAAUAUUGUAUAUUUCAGUUGGAAUUCCAAUAAGUGUUUUUUUAAUAUUAUUCUUUAGAUAUUUGUACAAGAAGUAG